AUGAAUGAUUUAAUUGUUCCAAUAGUCACAGUUGUUUUAAGUCUUAUAUCAAUUCUAAGUUGUGGAUUUGUAAUUUAUAUUUAUGGAAGAUUUAGAGAAUUAAGGAAUGAUCAAUUUACUAUUGUAUUACAGAUUAUUUUAUUCGAUCUGAUAUAUGAUCUCAUACUAUUUAGUGACUCCAUUGGAUACUUAUUUUUGAGAAACUCUACUUUUUAAUUGAGUGAGAAGCCUGUUUUAUGUCAGGCACAAUCGUUUUUCUCUGUCUAUAGUGUUUUGUCAAGCACUUUUUGGACUUCAAUUAUUAUUCAUAGUUUGUAUAUUUCUUUAAGAGAGAGUGAACCUAAUUAGUAUAUGCAGUCAUAUUAUCCAGGAUUAGGCUAUGGAAUACCCCUAUUAAUAUCUAUUAUUCCAAUAAUUAUAGAUGCAUAUGGUCAAUACUACCCAAUGCCUCAAACAAAUUGUUUCUUUGAUAUCUAUAACGAAAAUAUGGAACUCUAUAUCUUGGUAUUUUUUGAUAUCCCUAUAUGGACAAUGUUCCUAUAUAACAUUAUUGUAAUAAUCCUUGUGAUCAGAAGAAUCAAUUAGAAUAGCACUAUAAAUUAAUCUUUGUAUUCCUUAUUUAUGUAUCCUAUGAUUUUGGUUAUUUGCUGGAUAAUUCCUGGUUUUGUGAAUAUUAUUGGAGUCAAAUCAGUAAUAUGGAAAAGCAUUAAUUUCGGAUUGGGAAGUUUGAUUGGUUUUUUUGAUGCUUAUUGGUAUUGCUACACUUCCUUGUCAGAUAGAUUGACUUUCGAAAAUGGAAAAAUGAUACUGCGUAUAAAAGAGAAUGCUGAAGAAUAAGAAUUACCUAAAAUUUGA